GCCCUUCGCCCACGGCGGGUUGCUGGCCGUCUGCGUGGCAGGCAUGCUGGGGCCCCUGGGCGCCUACGCGGCUCGCGGCUCGCGCGUGCCGAGCCCGUCAGCGGCCGCCUCGCAGAGACAGAGGCUCGCUCGUCAGGCGGUGGCAGAGAGGCCGCGCAUGGGACUCAUCUUGAUCGAGACGCUGGCUGCGCGCUCGAACACCGAGCGCAGCUACCGCCAGCCCCUGCUGAUGUUCGUCACCUGGCGCGGCCUCCAUCGUCGUAAUUGGGCAGGUUACGAGGAGCUCGAUGUGGCGCUGGCUAAGUACUUCUCCGAUCACUACCAGAUGGCGACGGCCUGCAACAUCGGCUCCCAGACGCUGGCAGCCAUAGCGCACGUGACGCCCUCGAUAUUCAAGAAAACGGUGUCGCCCCUCCCCCGGGCCUCGAGGGCCUCCGCGGCAUGGAAGCGGAGGGCCCCAGGCAAGACGCGGCUGCCGCUCCCUCGCGCAGCCACGCAUGCGAUAGCAGGAUGGCCCAUCAGCAACGGCCACUUGGGCAUGGCAGCGUGGAUCGCGAUAGCCUUCGCGGCCUACCCGAGGCCCGCGGAGGCCCAGGGCCUCGCGGGGGAGAGCCUGGCGCCGCCGACGCCAGCGGCCGGCGCGAGCUAUUCGAGCUGGGGGCUGCUGCUCCAUCCCUCGGAGAGGGGCGUCGCCGGCGAGACGGGCCAGUCCGACGACGGGGCGGUGCUCAACCGACCCGAGCCGCGGCCCAUUCUGGCCGCACUUCGGGGCGCCACCGCGCCCGGGGCGCCGCUGCGGGCCUUCACAUUGGACGAGCUCAUGGCCGUGUUCAGGGUCCAGAGGCGAGGGCGCCGGGCUGCGCCGUCGUCGAUGAGGCGCCACGGGAAGGAGAGCGCCCUCCUGGACGAGAUCGCUCGCGCGAGCUCGGAGGCGCUCGCCUUCGGGGCGAUGGUCGAGUCCAACUUCGCUCGCCUCCUGGAGCACGGCUUCGAGAGGGCGGCGGUCCUGCACUCGGCGCCGGCGGCGGUGCUGCGAGCCGCGCUCAGCGGGCAGCGCGUUCGGCGCGUGGUGCUCGAGCUGUUCGCUGGCUCGGGGCGGCUGACCGAGGCGGUCAAGCGGCGCGGGCCCCCAGGGCUGGCGCUCGACCUUCGCAAUGGCGGCGCCGAGAACCACGUCUCGCGCGCCUUCAGCUGCGCGCUUCGUGGCUGCCUGGCAGCGCGCGCGGCAGGCGCGAUCUGGCUUGGGACGCCCUGCAAAACGCGGAGCCAGGCGCUGCGCCGACCGCUGCGAUCGCGGGCGCGCCGCAUGGGCCGCAGCGACUUGCCCCCGCACGAGCGCGCCAAGCUCAGCGUAGGCAACCGAUCCUUUCACUUCAGCUGUGACAUCAUUGAGCAGUGCAUA